GGUCCAGGGACCACAUCUUUGAUUGUCUUGUCACUUAUCUUUUCCAUCAGUUUAAUCAACAAUAUGGAACCCAGAAACCAAACAGGAGUUUCAGAGUUCUUUCUCCUGGGACUGGCAGAGGAUCCAGAACUGCAGCCCCUUCUCUACAACAUCUUUCUGUUCAUGUACUUGGUCACCAUCCUGGGAAACCUGCUCAUCAUCCUGGCUAUCAGCUAUGAUUUCCACCUCCAUACCCCCAUGUACUUCUUUCUCUCCAAUCUGUCCUUUACGGACAUCUGUUUAAGUACAACCACAGUCCCGAAGAUGUUAGUGAACAUCAAUACACAGAGAAACUCUAUCACUUACACUGGCUGCCUCACCCAGGUAUGUGCUGCCAUAAUUUUUGGAAGUUUUGAAAAUUUUCUCCUUGGAAUAAUGGCCUAUGACUGCUAUGUGGCUAUUUGUCAUCCAUUGAGGUACACAGUCAUCAUGAACCCCCACUUCCUUAGUCUGCUGGUCGUACUCUCUUUGUUCAUUAGUAUCAUGAAUGCUCUGGUCCAUAGUCUGAUGUUGCUGAGACUGUCCUUCUGCACAGACCUGGAAAUUCCCCACUUCUUCUGUGAAAUUGUUCAGGUCCUCAAGCUUGCCUGUUCCAAUACCCUCAUCAAUAACAUCAUACUAUAUUUUAUGUCUAGCAUAUUUGGUGGUAUUCCUUUCUCUGGGGUUAUUUUUUCUUACACUCAAAUUGUUUCUUCCAUCCUGAGAAUGCCAUCAGCUGUUGGAAAGUAUAAAGCUUUUUCCACCUGUGGAUCUCACCUCACAGUUGUUUUCUUGUUCUAUGGGACAGCAUUUGGAGUGUACAUUAGUUCUGCAUUUACACACUCUUCCAGGAAGACAACGGUAGCCUCCGUGAUGUACAUUGUGGUCCCUCAAAUGAUGAAUCCUUUUAUCUAUAGCCUGAGGAACAGGGACACGAAGGGAUCUGUGAGAAAAAUUAUUGGUAGGAUGCUUUAUUUUUAG